GUCAAUUAACGCCAAAAACGCGUCUUCGUUCGGUGGACGCGUCUUUCCAUGCACUUUCUCUAUAACUACUAUUUCUCCUAAACCCAGGCCGAGGAUGUUAAUUAUAAGAUAUACACGAUGACCACGCUAGAUGAUAUCCCCGGAAACUUGCUCCGGAAGCCUUCGGGCAAGACGGAGGAUGAGCUCCAGAGAGCUUCUUCAGAUUACAAGUCGCUGCACUCCUUCAGGCUUGAUAAGGAUAAGCCAUAUAAGCAACAGUUCGCCGAUAUGUAUUUCCUGCGGCUCACUAAGAUCAAGCCUGCUGUCGAGCAACUCGCAUCUGCUGCUUGGGAUGACCAGCUUAUUGGUAAGGAGCCGGUGAAGAAGGCUGAGCGGGUGCUGGAUAUUCGACAGGGCGAGCUAUGUUGGGUCUCGGGUACCGUCUACAUGGAUAUGCCUCUAAAACCCAAUAUUCUUGAGGAUGUCUCGAAGGAUCGAUGGCUCUCAGCCCCCAUCUCAAACAAAAAGUACUACUCAGACGACGGUUCCGACGCCGUUACCCUAGAGGACGAGUCUGGCCGUAUACGCCUCGUCGGCGACGUGCUGAACUCCGUGCUCCUUGUGACCGGGUGCAUCAUUGCCGUCAUGGGUACCGAGAACGCGAACGGCCAGCUCGAAGUCAUCGACCUGAAAUUUCCCGAUCUACCCCCGCAGCCAGAACGCCGGGCGCUACCUAAGCCGCCCGUCGACGCCAAGGGUGGUGCCACGAAGGGAAAAGCCAACCCAAAACCCAAAGACGAAGACGCUGAGAUGACAGACGCCGGGUCCAAGGGCAGCGGGUCCAAAAUCGCCAUCGUGUCCGGCCUAGGCUUCUCCGGCACCGACGCCUCGCACGCAAUUGAGCUAAGCCUACUCCUCGAGUUCCUGCUAGGCGAAUCCCUCGACCCCUCCGCACAACAAGAGCUAUCCCAAAUAAGCCGGCUGAUCAUCGCGGGCAACUCCAUCUCCCUCGAGGAGCGACGCCCCGGCACCGACGAAGACUUAACCGAGAAAAAAGCACACAAAAAGUACGGCUACGACAGCAGCGCAUAUAACGCCUUACCAUCGCAACUCCUCGACGAGUUCCUCUCCGCAUUGCUACCCUCGAUCCCCGUAACCCUACUCCCCGGGGCUCAGGACCCCGCCAACGCGAGCUUCCCGCAGCAGCCGAUCCACCCGGCCAUGUUCCCGUACUCGCGCCCAUACACGGCACCGCCUACAGCUACGGACGCCGAGCCCGGCUGGUUCGACGCCGUGACGAAUCCGUGGGAGGGUGAGGUCGAUGGGUGGCGCGUGCUAGGGACCGGAGGGCAGAACGUCGAUGAUAUAUUCAAGUACGUCGAUAGCGAUGAUCGGCUAGGCAUGAUGGAGGCGAUGUGUCGGUGGCGGUGCUGUGCGCCGACUGCGCCUGAUACGCUAUGGAGCUACCCCUUCCAAGACGACGACCCGUUCGUCAUGCAGACAUGUCCGCACCUAUUUUUCGCCGGCUGCCAGCCCCGGUUCGGCACCAAAGUCAUAAAAGGCCCAGAAGGGCAAUCCGUGCGGCUCGUUGCCGUCCCAUCCUUUGCAGAUACCCAAGAGAUAGUGCUGGUGGAUACCGAGACCUUAGACGUCACGAAGGUUAAGAUUUCUGCGGUCUAGGAGGCCACGGCCCGAGCGUAAAGUUAGGUACGCUAGGGUUAUAACGGCAGGACUUGAGGGGUAGGACUUAAGGGGUCUCCAGAAUAGAAAGCUCUUGCCAAUGAUAUCCAUAUAUAGUAGCCAAGGCUAAAGGGCGAGAAAUUCAAGGACAUUCACGGGCCGAGCUUAGCAACUAUUUAUCGUCUAACUACAUGGAUUUAGGGGGAGAGCUUAAAUGUCAUUAUAAGAAUCAAUCAAACCCAGCGCGAGGCAGGACCGUAAGUCUACUGAAAAAAGAUAUUUAUUAGGCCUAAGCCGUAACAUGAAAUCAAC